AUGAAGCUAGAUAGAAAUUAUGUCAUUUUGAAAAAUAGAAAAUUUCUUGGUUCGUUGCCGGAACAAUAUGUACGGACCAGAUCCAAACUCAGAAUACAGGAAAUGGAAAAAGAUGAGAAGCUGGAAGAAAAACCCAAAUCAUCUUUAAUUACUGAAAUUGAAGAUGGUCUGAGUGGAGAUGAAAAUAAAGGACCAGAACCAGAAUAUCAGAUACCAAGAGAGCCACCAGAAGGUCAUCCAGAAUUCCUUGUAGCAGAAAUCCAGUUACCAAAUGUUAAAUCCAGUAAGACAUUAAACCUAGAUUUAGGUGAGGAUAGAAUAUUAUUACAUGCUCAUCCCAGUCUCUAUCACCUUUAUAUUUAUCUUCCUUAUAAUCUAAACCAAGAAGACAGUGGUGCACAGUUUAAUAAAGAUAAUAAGGUACUCACUCUUAUAUUAGCAGUACAAUCAUCAUAA